CGAGUCCGAAGCAUCUGCAGGCAGAGGUUCGAUGGGAUCUUGGUGGCCAGGGGCAGCGGCAGCAGCGUCUGCUUCAACGGCCCUCUUGUAGAUGCGGUUGACGCGUUCAAUGUCGAGGGCUUCGAGUUGGUCCGUCAAAUCCUUCUGUUCACUUGCAGAGAGGGACUCCCAGAAAUUGAAGAGGUGAGCCUGGCCGGCAGCCUCAUAGCGAGAGCGAAGGGAAGCGGACAUGUUGGCGGAAAGAAAGCGCGUGGUCUUCUGCGUCAUACAUCAUGGGCU